AUGGGAUGUAUGUUUGAUGAAGGCUCAAUUCGAGCUGCAGCAGCAAGUGGUUGUUUUGAAUGUUUAAAAUAUAUNAGUGGUUGUUUUGAUUGUUUAAAAUAUAUACAUAAAAAUGGUUAUAAUAAAUGGGAUGAAGGCACAACUAGAGCUGCUGCUGCAAGUAGAUGUUUCAAGUGUUUGAAAUAUGCCCACGAAAAUGGAUGUGUAUGGGAUGAGGGUACAGCUAGAACUGCUGCAACNGAGGGUACAACUCGAGCUGCUGCUGUAAGUGGUUGUUUUAAGUGUUUGAAAUAUGCCCACGAAAAUGGAUGUGUAUGGGAUGAGGGUACAACUAGAGCUGCUGCAACAAGUAGUUCUUUCAAGUGUUUGAAAUAUGCUCACGAAAAUGGAUGUGUAUGGGAUGAGGGUACAACUCGAGCUGCUGCUGUAAGUGGUUGUUACGAGUGUUUGAAAUAUGCCCACGAAAAUGGAUGUGUUUGGGAUGAGGGUACAACUAGAGCUGCUGCAGCAAGUAAUUGUAUAAACUGCUUGUUUUAUGCUCAUUAUAAGGAAUGUAAUUGGGAUGAAGAUACAAUAGUUGCAGCAGCUGUUCAUGGUAAUUUAAAUUGUUUAGCAUAUGCUCGUAGACAUGGAUGUAAUUGGGUUGAAGGUACAAUGAGAGGAGCUGCAGCAAAUGGGCAUUUAAACUGUCUCAAAUUUGCUCACAAAAAUGGGUGUCCGUGGGACGAAGGCACUACAAGGGAAGCUGCUGCGAGUAAUUAUAUUAAGUGUUUGAUAUUUGCACAUGAAAAUGGAUGUAAAUGGGAUAACGGAACAACGAGUGGAGCUACUGCUAAUGGCAAUUUAGACUGCCUAAAAUAUGUUCGUGAAAAUGGCUGUGAUUGGGACGAAGAGACAACAAGACUUGCUGCUGCAAAUGGUCAUUUGUUAUGCUUAAAAUAUGCUCAUGAAAAUAAUUGUCCAUGGAGUAGUGGUACCAUUUCUGAAGCGACUCGAAAUGGUCAUACUGAUAUAAUUAACUAUGCUACCGAAAAUGGAUGUCCUAAUUAA